CAAUCUCAAUUGCGGGUACGGCUCAGAUCGGUCCUCUCUCAUUCUUCCUCCGGCUCUCUCUCACCUUCUGUAUCUCUCUCUUUGUCGAUGAAAAUUUCUUCAAUUUCCGAUCAGUAAACCCAAUUUUACUUACGGUAAGUCUCUACAAUUUCCGAUCAGCAAACCCAAUUCUACUUCCGUCAAAAUCAACGGAUAUUUAAGCUCAACAAUUACUCGAAUUAACCCGCCAAUGGCGGAAAGUGAAGCAGCUUCAUCACCAAAACCAACACCAUCUCCAAAUCCAAUAGACCCAUCACCUCAACAGCAACUGCAAUCCCAGCCACAACAGACGCCGUUAGCAAACCCAAACCCAAAUUCAAACACUUCGUCUCUACCACAACAACCUCAAACUCCGUCACAAUUAACUCAAAAUUCCCCGUCUCUUGACCCGCAACAAAUUGCAUCCCCUCAACAGAAUGUGAUCGCCUUGUCGAAUUAUCAAAUCCCACAAACCCUGCAAAGAUCUCCUUCCAUGUCUCGUUUAACCCAAAUUACCCAGCAGCAGCAGCAGCAGCAGCAAUUCGGCAACGUUUUGAGACAGCAGCACCAGCAGCAGCAACAGGGGCUUUAUGGUCAAGUUAAUUUUAGUGGGUCUGCUUCGAUUCAGCAAAAUUUGCAACAGAAUUCUCAGAAUCAACAAAUUGGUGGAACUAACUUAACUAGGUCUGCACUUUUAGGUCAAAGUGGGCACCUUCCUAUGCUGACCGGGGCAGGUGCUGCCGCUGCGGCAGCUGCUCAGCUUAAUUUGUUGACUUCGCCGAGGCAGAAAGCUGGGUUAGUCCAAGGGUCGCAAUUCCAUCCUGGUAGUUCUCCAGGACAGCCUUUGCAGGGGAUGCAAGCCAUGGGAAUGAUGGGGUCACUUAAUUUGACCUCACAACUAAGGCCAAAUGGGGCUCUCGCAUUUGCUCAACAGCGGAUGAGUGUUGGACAAAUGAGACAGCAGUUGGGGCAGCAAAAUCCGCUCACUUCAACUCAGGUGCCAAAUUUAUCAAGGUCGUCAUCAAUGGCAUUUAUGAACCCUCAGCUCUCUGGGUUGGCUCAGAAUGCACAAUCAUCUAUGAUGCAGAACUCUCUACCUCAGCAACAGUGGUUGAAGCAAAUGGCAGGAAUGUCCAGUCCUGCCUCACCUUCAUUCCGUCUUCAACAACAGAGACAGUCACAGGCUCUGUUGCAGCAGCAAUUGGCUUCAUCUUCUCAAAACAUGCCAUUAAACUCACAGCAACUAUCUCAGCUGGUACAGCACCAGCCCUCAAUGACUCAUCAACAAUUGCAGCAGCAGCAGCAGCAGCAACAACAACAACAACAUAACCAGCAGCAGCAGAUGCAACAGCAACUACUGCAACAACAUCAACAACAACCUCAACAAUUACAACAACAGCAACAAUUACAACAACAAAUGCCUUUGCAUCAGCAACAGCAACAGCAACAGCAACAACAAUCUCCAAGGAUGCAAGGGCACACAGGCCAGAAAUCUCUUAGUUUGACAGGAUCACAACCAGAUGCGACAACAUCUGGUACAACUACACCAGGGGGCAGUUCAAGCCAAGGAACGGAAGCAACUAACCAACUACUUGGCAAGAGAAAGAUCCAGGACUUGGUUUCCCAGGUGGAUUCACAGGGGAAGGUAGACCCUGAAGUUGAAGAGCUUCUUUUGGAGAUUGCUGAUGACUUUAUUGAUAAUGUGACUACAUUUGCAUGCAGUUUGGCUAAACACCGGAAAUCUUCAACUUUAGAGUCCAAGGAUUUAUUGCUACACUUAGAGAAGAACUGGCAUCUGACAAUUCCUGGAUUUUCAACUGAAGAACGAAAUUUCCAGAGAAAACAUUUAUCUGGUGAUCUCCACAAGAAGCGUCUUGAUACGAUUCGUGCUAAUAGGGAGUCUCCGCACUCAGAAACAAACAAUAACAAUCCUAGAGAGAUGAUCAGACAAGAGCUGGGCAACCCAGUUGUUAAUAACCACUUAAUAAGACCUUCACUCAGUUCAGAGAAGCUAGUUUCCCAAUCAACAGGUUCUCAAAUGCUGCAUCAGAUCACACGAUUUUAGUGGAUAUAUUCCUCAUUUCUGAUGGAGACUUCAUGCCGGUUGGAUGUUGCAUGGACCUUGAUGUUUUAAUUGACAGAAACAUUACCUGUAGAAGCAGACCUGUAAGUAUAUGGGAGCAGUAGAGACCGACGAAAUUGGUUAAAGGAUUGGAGCAGUGAUUAUCUAAUUUAUAGUUAUUUUGAUGUAUGAUUUAUCUAAUCUAGUGAUUAGCAUCAUAAAAGUAUGAUUACGAAAAAAAGAAAACUAUAAUUUGUUUGGGGAGGGAUCAAUGAGCCUAUAAAAUUAGAUCCCUUGCCCCAGCUUAAGGUAUAAAUGGAUUGAUAUAUUAUUUGUUACAGAAAGCUUGUUUUUGUUUGUUUAGAUUUUUUGGAUUCGGUUUAUCAUCUGUAUCUCUUCAGAACUUCAUAUUAAACUACUUGAUAUUCUCUAAUAGAAUAUGUUUGGGUUUUGAAUA